AUUCGAACUGUCACUUUUCUCUUCAAGGUUAUGUUUAUGUUUAUUUACCACAAAAUACUCUUCAUUUGCUGCUUUAUGUUUGUCAUGCUUAGUUCCACGGUCCGGCCAGGAAUUUUCAAACACAUUACAUGCCGCAAUGAUUUCUACCCAAGGAGCAAAGUAAAACGCUUUCCCGUACCGGAUGAACUUGUGUUUUGGAAAACGGACUAUCCAGACUAUGAUCCCCCCAAAUACACUUCGCCGGGAAUUAAAGGUCAAAGCUAUGCAGACCCAGAUGUGAAGGAUGCAUCGUUUCAUCCCGUUUGGAAUUCUCUGGACCGGGGGGUGAAUAGAGUGUCGCACGUUGGAGACUAUUCGGUGGUAGAUGGGUAUCCAAUCAAUCCAAUCGGGAGAACUGGGAUUGUCGGUCGUGGAUUGUUAGGAAGAUGGGGACCAAAUCAUGCUGCGGAUCCAGUCGUUACCCGGUGGAAGCGGGAUGAUACUGGAGAAUUUGUUUUGAAUUCCACUACCAGAAAGAAAAUUCUACAGAUGGUUACAAUUCAACGACAUGACAACAAAAAGUGGGCGAUUCCUGGAGGUAUGGUUGACCCUGGAGAGAAAGUUAGCACCACAUUGAAACGGGAAUUCAUGGAGGAAGCCCUGAAUACAUUUGGUGGACAAACUGUGAUCGAAGAAUUUUUUUCAACUGGUGUAGAAAUCUAUAAAGGAUAUGUUGAUGAUUAUCGAAAUACAGAUAACGCUUGGAUAGAAACUGUAGCUUGCAACUUUCAUGACGAAACCGGCGAUCGAGUAGGGAAACUCAAAUUAGAAGCUGGAGAUGAUGCAGCCAAAGUUAAAUGGUUAGAUUUAAAUCAUGAAGUAGAUCUACACGCAAAUCAUGCACAAAUUGUUGAAAUGGCUGUGAAAAGACUAGAUGCUCAUUGGUAAUGUAUGAACAGAAAAAUAAACCACAAUUUUGUUUACGUAAGACCUUAA